AUGCUUGAGCAACCAACUGCUGCCACCAGGACUUACGCCCUCCCUGUUCUCCAGAGAUCUCCCGUUGUGCGGAGCACCACCUCGUGGGGCUGGGGCCUGGCCAGUGGCGUGGCCCUUGCGGCCCUCGCGUCUUCGUGCCGUAGCGCGGACGAGAGCCCCCUCUCGCCUCUCGCCACCGUGCUCGCUGCCACCGCGGCCGCCGGAGACGUGCCCGCGGACUCAGUGAAGGAAGAGCGCUCCGGCUUCCUUUUCCCCAAGACGCUUCGUCUGGACGACUCCACCGAAGGCCAAGUGCUGGCCGUGGGCAUCAGGACGAUGUACGUCUUCUUCACCACCUACGCCAUCGCCCUCUACGCCGACCCGAAGGACGUGCGAAGCGCCUUGUCCAGCUUCAAGGAGCACUCGGCUGAGGACCUGAAGAAGAACCAGGCCGUGUACGACGCUCUGCGGGACGGACCGUUCACGAAGACCAUUCGACUGAUCCCUACGGGCGACACCUCGGGGUCCCACCUGCGCAACGGGCUGGUGUCGGCCGUGGCCGCGCGGAUGCAGGACAACAAGGAAGAGGCCCUGAAGGAGUUUGGCAACUUCUUCCCGGCCCAGCUCAAGAAGGGAAUGCUGAUCGACUUCACCUGGAAGAAGGGGGGCAGCCUCAGUGUGUCUGUGGACGGGAAGGAGGUGGGCGUGGUGGACUCGCCGGCGCUGAGCCGAGCGUUCUUCGAGGUCUACCUGGGCGAGAAGUCUAAGACACCCGACGUCCGAGAGAAGUGGGCCGUCGCCCUCACCGAGUGGCUUCGCUGA